GUUCACCAGAAAUGUCCCCCUUCCGAGUGUUGAUCGCUGGAGGCAGCGUCACCGGGCUGUCGUUGGCGCUGAUGUUGGAGAAAAAUAAUAUCGAUUUUCUGGUACUCGAAGCAUAUCCGGACAUUGCACCACAGGUUGGAGCUUCCUUAGGCUUACAGCCUAAUGGACUCCGAAUUCUUGACCAGUUGGGCUGUUGUGAUGAGCUUCUGGAACAUGCGAAGGGCCACACCGUGCAACACAGUAUUUACCGAGGACCAAACGGUGAGAAAAUGUGGGAAGCCAGCAACCUAAGCGAUGAGGUUAUAGAACGACACGGGUAUCCAAUACCGUUUGUAGACCGACAAAAGGUUCUUCAAACACUAUAUAACAAAGUUCAAGAUAAAAGCAAGAUUCUCACAGGAAAGAAAGUAAAGACCAUAGACAACUGCGAGUCGACUGGCGUGAAGAUUACUACCACAGAUGGAUCAGUAUACGGUGGUGAUCUUGUCGUCGGUGCCGAUGGUAUUCAUUCAACUGUUCGCCAGGAGAUGGCACGUCUCAACGUAGAUACUGGUCGAGAUUACUUGGAAGAAAAAUCAUUCUCUGCAACCUACUCCUGUGUCUUCGGAAUUUCACACCGAACUCCUGGCAUCGAACCUUGCACCCUUCAGGACGUGUUUAACGAGAAGUUCUCUUACCUGGUCGCUGACGGGCCUGGCGAUCGUACCUAUUUCUUCCUGUUUGAACACAUGGACAGGGUGCGAUUUGGCCAGGAGAUUCCUCGACUCACGGAGGCUGACAGAGACGAAAUCGUCGGCAGACACCUGGAUGAUCCAAUUACCCCAGAGGUCAGGUUUGGCGACAUUUACGCCCGUCGAAUUAGAUCCGGCGUUACUCCCCUGCAGGAGUACGUAUUUAAACAUUGGCAUUCUGGAAGAAUGAUCGCGCUCGGGGAUGCUAGUCAUAAGCUUCAUCCACUACCCGGGCAGGGAGCAAACUGCUGUCUCGAAACAACAGCAUGCUUCACCAAUGCCCUUGUGAAGCUGCUACGCGAUACACCUCCUGAAACACCUGUUUCGGAUAGAGACAUUUCCAACAUGUUCGAGACAGUUCAGCAGACCCGUCGGCCAAGGGUUAGUUGGCUCGUUGAGGCAGCACACAGGCGUCAAAAGCUGGAGGCUAUGGACACACCCGAAUUGAAGUCGUAUGUUGCGACGAGGAUACCAAGUCUCCCGGCCAAGGUUAUCCACAAGGAAUGGUUAAGGACCUUUCCACCUGCCGUAUCGCUAGAUAUGCUCCCGUUACCUAAGAGACCACAUAGCAUUCCGUAUCAUGAUGAGCGUGAUGUCCAGAAUAGCAAAGAGACCCGCGAGGGGUCGAAGUUAUAAUGUGGAGAUUGUCUGGUGUUUGUUCGAACUCAUGCGAACGCGGCCUUCCGAACACCCAAGCAAGAAAAUGGAAAAGAGGAGAGAGAAAACACAUCACGCAACACCAAUGGGUCCUACAGUCCAUGACUAUAGGCGUGGACGUGACGAAACCUCUUCUAAACCGUAUUGCCCAGGAUAAAAGACACAUACACUGGCCCCUAUCAGCCACUGCCGGACUUCAGAAGCCUUGCUUUCCUGUCUUCCUUUUCAUGCGAUCCGAGUAUUUCUAUAUCGUUACAUCAUCUCAUGUUAGAAUUCCAAGCAUCGCUACAUAUUACAUGGAGACAAAUAUUGCACUGUCCAUGACACACCCUGAGGAACAAUUGGCAGCCUCAUAACUAACAGCAUUAUAGAAGAUUU